AUGGGAAAAUACAAUUUAAUAUUUAAGAAAAACUGGUUUGCAAAGAGCAUUUUUGGGACCGUUGGCAUUUUUGUUGUUCUGGAUCAGCUAGCUAGAUAUCAGUACAACAUCCCAGAGAUUAGAGAUCCCAACCUAACCCAGUGGACAUGGUGGCUUGAAAAAGUCGCCGCGAAGAGGCUAGAAAUGGGCCAAGGAAACUACUCAGCGGAUAAGACCGGAAAAGACGCAUAA